GAAAAUCUCAGCCGUUGUCGCAGCUCCUGCUGCACCCGUGCUGCUGUACAACCAGCUGAGUACCUCUGCACACGCGUCUCGUACGCAAGGAGACCCUCCACAAUGGAGCCACUACAAAGUGUGGAUCCCAACGUUGACACACACAAACGCAAAGUAUCGCAAGUUUGCGCAAUGCAGUGCAGCAACACGAAGCGUUGAGGCUCAGAUGCACGUAUCACCCACGGCCACAUGCCACGGGCAUUCGCAAGAACACCGCCUUCAAGUAUGAGACGAAGGCGGAAGCGCUCGGAGACGCGGACAACUGGACAAGUGAGCUGGAGAAGCCCAUGCGAAGGCGGAGCUUGUCGCCCAAGCACGGCACGAUGCCGAACUGCGAAGUCGCCAAGAAGUGUGCCAUCCAAAAACAAGCGGAACGCGCCAGAGCUUUGAGGGGGUUGCAGCAGUCAGGCCCGAACUUGUGCGCUCCUUGGGGUUGCAGCAGGUUGCGUAACGCCGGACUCGGGCGCCGGGCGUUUGUGUACGUCAGUCGCGAUCGCAAAUCAGAACAGCGGAGGAGAUACAUGGAGCGGCAGGUUGCAGAGUGCGACCAGGAGGAUGCUGCAAUGGACGCACAGGCCGUGGCUAUGUUCUCCACGCUAACGAAGGGGCAACACGUCACGCUGCUGGAGCCUCACGAGCAGCCACCCCCGGUGACUGAUGCACCCACGAGCGACAUCAGCGUGGCCGACCCUCCGGAGGUUCUCGCCGCACACGCAGCGGCCGCGGUGUGACCCUCAGCAAACCGGUCCAUGCAUGUUGGCAUGUUUGCGUUCUCGGUGCAUGAAUCAACAGUGUUUUAUCACCCAGUUAAGCUGGCACAAGGCCGCGCUGCGAUGAUAAAAAAUCUCUCUUCGGGGCAGCACGGUCGGUGUUUCCGUCUAGUAAGUAGGUAGAUUUUGCAGACCCCAACAUGCCGGUAACAUGGCUGUUUGUGAUUCUUUCUCUAACCAACGACACCGUCAACGACACCGUUACAGUGCAAUGAAGCUUCGCAUGGAGUUUCGUCGACAUCGCCCAUAAACUGGCCUAAUACGGUUGAAAAAUGGUCGAUUUAUGACUUGCCGUCGGUGGGCCAAACUGCGUUGGAGAUAGCCUCUUUUGCGGGACCCCAAAAAUCUGUCCCAAUAUGUGAUUUUUUUUUCUUGAUUCCACCUGACCUAUAUAUUCCAAAAACCGUGUCUAUUAAUUUUCAUGAACUAAUUCGAUAAACUGAUGAAAUGGGGUCGUUUGGGCGUCAAAAGAACCCGAAUUUCGCCGUUUUGUACUUUAAUCAAGUAGUUUGGGGAAAUCCAGGAUGCGAAAUACUUCAUGGCACAGGAGCUGAAAACUUCACGCCGUUUCUAUGAGUUAGACUCUGAAACUUUGCACACAUAUACCUUGGGUCAAUAC